AUGAAGAAAAGAGUGUUUGGUUGGUCGAUGGAAUGGAAUCGGCCAUUCGAAAAUGCAUUCCAUUCCCUCAAAAUCAUUCCAUCCAUCCCCCCUGUUUUAUUUUCCAUUCCAUUCUCUCUUCACCCUUCAUUAACAACACCACAACUCACUACCGUUGCCACCACCCACCACCACUGUCAUCCGCCGCCGUCACCCGCCUUCACCGCCACCCGCCACCCACCUCCAUCCCCGCCACCGCCGCCAUCCACCAUCGCUGUUGCCACCUCUGAUCACCGCAAUCACUCACCAUCGAUCAUCGCCGCCACCAUCGCCGCUGCCACCUCCGAUCACCGCCGCCGUCGCCACCCACCUCCAUCCUCGCUAUCAAACACCACCACCGCUACCACCUGCCACUACCGCCGCCACCGCUACCACCUCUGA